AUGGGUGUCGUUGCAGUCAAGAAACAGCACGAGAAGGGAUCCACCGUUCCCACCAAGGCGGAGGAGAAGGAGCUCCACAACAUCAAUGUGGAGGAGUUUUCGUUCGACAGUGAGUCGCAGGCCGACUCUCUCGUGUCCAAUCCUUUCAAAGACCCCGUUGUUGCAAAGUUUUAUGGUGAUUUGUACGAAAGAGUCGAGUACGAAUGCCGUGGAGCGUUCGAUCCAGAAAUGGAGUGGACCGAGGAGGAGGAGAAGAAGAUCAUCAGAAAGUUGGACUGGCGUGUGGCCCUCAGUGCAUGCAUCAUGUUUGUCGGUUUGCAAGUCGACAGAGGCAAUUUGGCCCAGGCCGUUGUGGACGACUUGUUGCCUGAAUUGGGCAUGAACACCAACGACUACAACACCGGAAACACGAUUUUCCUAGUGGCGUUUUUGUUGGCGGAGUUACCCUCGCAGUUGAUUUCCAAGAAACUCGGUCCUGACAUUUUCAUUCCUAUUCAGAUGAUCUCGUGGUCCAUUGUGGCUGCCUGCCAGGGUGCCAUGACCAACAAAGCCGGAUUUUACGUUUGCAGAGCGCUUAUUGGUGUUUUGGAAGGUGGCUUCAUCGCCGACUUGGUCUUGUGGCUUUCGUACUUCUACAAAUCCACCGAGUUGCCGCUUCGGUUGUCGAUGUUCUGGACGUCUCUCUCGCUUACCCAGAUUUUCACCUCUCUCUUGGCCUUUGCCAUUUUGAGAAUGAGAGGCAUCCACGGCUUGUCUGGCUGGAGAUGGCUUUUCAUCAUCGAGGGCAUCUUCACCUUUUGCAUCGGCGUGCUGGCCUUCUACCUUAUGGUUCCUUCGGCCGUUCAGACCAAAAACAGGCUCCAUCCAAAGGGCUGGUUCAACGAAAGAGAAGAGAAGAUCGUCGUCAACAGGGUCCUCAGAGACGAUCCUUCCAAGGGCGACAUGCAUAACAGACAGGGCUUGUCGAUUAAGAUGAUCGCCAAAGCCGCCUGGGACUACGAUUUGUGGCCCAUCUACGCCAUUGGCUUUUUGGCGUACAUUCCUCAGAGUACCAUUCAACCUUAUAUGACGUUGGCAAUGAGCUCGCUAGGAUUCGAGCGUUUGAUCGUCAACUUGCUCAACAUCCCCCAGGCGGUGAUCCACAUUAUUUUCCUUAUUGCAUUGACGUGGUUUUCAGAGUAUGUCAACGAACGUUCGCUUGUGUCGUUGGCAUUACCCAUUUUGACCGUUCCGUUCAUGGGUGCCAUCAGAUGGUGGCCUGGAAGCAUGCAUAACGCCUGGGUCACCUGGUUUUUGGUCACCAUGGUGUUGGCGGCUCCGUAUAUCCACGCUAUCUGUGUGGCAUGGGUCUCCAGAAACUCCAACUCCAUCAGAUCCCGUUCGGUUUGUUCGGCCUUGUACAACAUGACGGUCCAGAUCGGUAACAUCGGCGCUUACAACAUCUACAGAGAAGACGACAAGCCUUUGUACCGCAGAGGCAACACGCAGCUUUUCAUCAUUGCGUGUGUGAUGUUCCCGUUGCUUGUGAUGGUGAAGUUGUACUAUAUCUGGAGAAACAAGCAGAGGGACCAGAUAUGGAACGCCAUGAGUGCCGAGGAACAGGAGGAGUAUGUGAGGACGACGACAGACGAGGGCAACAAGCGUCUUGAUUUCAGGUUUGACCACUAG